GGCAGAGAAAAAUGUAACAAAGUGAAUCCAGCUUUUUUGAGUCCCAUACCGUGACUCAGUAUCCUUCAUCCAAAAAAGUGAAAAAGGAAAAAAGAAUUGUGAGUCAAAUCAGACCAUUCACAUCAAUUCAAUGUAUAUAUUGCAGCAGAGUGUAGUAAAGCAAUGCAAUCUAGCUGUGGUUGAGAGCUGCUUCCAUCCAGUUGCAGUAAAGCUCUCUCUCCCUCUCUCUCUCUAACUCUAGCUAGAUAUAUAUAUGUUGAUGAUUAUAUAAUGAUUAAGUAGGAGAAAGGGUUUUUGUUUAUGAGGUGUACUUGGCACUUUUUUUGUUUCUUUGAAGGGGUCUGGUUUUCUGCUACAAACCAUAGUCUUUACAAUUUAAAGGCAAGUGAACCUCUAGCUGUUUUGUAGCAUAGUCUCACAGCAUUUCCCACUUUGGUAAUUCAACCCAAAAGCUUUCCUUUGAACCCUCUUUGAGAGCUUGCACAAAUCUCAGAAAGAUUUGAAGCAAAUACAUUGAAGGUUCUUGGGGGUGUUCUUUUGAAUUAUGAAGAGGUUCAGCAGCAGCUCAGAUUCAUUGGGUGUGUUGGUGUCCAAUUUCCCACCAAAAGAGGAGGAGAAGCAUGGAAAGGACAACUACGGUUAUAGCAAGGAGUUUCAGGCAAUGUUAGAUUCUUUAGACCAAGAAGACUGUGGGGAAGAAAUGACAGGGAAGAAAAGGCGCUUAAGCUCAGAGCAGGUCAAGGCCUUGGAGAGAAACUUUGAGGUUGAGAACAAGUUAGAGCCAGAGAGGAAGGCCAAAUUAGCUGAGGAGUUAGGCCUGCAACCAAGACAAGUAGCUAUUUGGUUCCAAAACCGCCGCGCCCGGUGGAAGACUAAGCAAUUGGAGAGAGACUACGGCAUUCUCAAAGCUGAUUAUGAUGGCUUAAAGCUCAACUUUGAUAGUCUUGAGAGGCAGAAUAAAGCUCUGGCUGAAAAGCUAAGGCACUUAAAAGCAAAGCUGUGCAGAGAUAGUGCAGAAAGCAAUGGUUCAGCUAAAGAAGAAUCACCAAUUUCAAUGUGCAAGAGCAGUGUCAUGGAGCAAAGCAGACACCAAGAUUUCAGUGACAAUGGAGACAAUGCAGAGGUGAAUUUGUUUAAGAAUUUGAAAUCCAAAGAUGGAUCAUCAGAUAGUGACUCAAAUGGAGUUAUGAAGGAAGAGAGCAAUGGAAAUUCUUCUCUUGGCUAUAACAAUGGCCAUUCAUCAUUGUCUUCAAAUUCAAUGGUAAACUGGUUUCAAUUAUCAGACUCUAGAUCAGUAGCUGGUAAAGGGUUCCAGACUCAGCCUGUGAGGAUGGAAGAGCAAAGUUUGUUUAGCACAGAAGAAUCCUGCAAUUUCUUCUCAGUUGAUCAAGCUCCCUCUCUCCAUUGGUACUCUGCUGAGCAGUAAAAAUAACUAGUUGGACUUUUCUAAGUUUUUUUGAAUGAUCUAAUAAAAAUGGAUCUUAUUGAAUUUUGUAAUCUAGAAGCAAGAAUGUCAAAAAUCUAAGCUUUAUUGGCCACAUCAUAAA